AUGCCAAGCACUACUUUUUCCUCUAACGAUGCAGAUGAUGGUGAUACUACUUAUGCCCGUCUUGGCUUCAAAGGUGAAACCCAAAUCAACGAUCAACUGACUGGUUUCGGUCAGUGGGAAUAUGAAUUCAAAGGCAACCGCGCUGAAUCUCAAGGUUCCUCCAAAGACAAAACCCGUCUUGCAUUUGCAGGCCUGAAAUUCGGUGACUACGGCUCAAUCGAUUACGGCCGUAACUACGGUGUAGCAUACGACAUCGGUGCGUGGACUGACGUUCUGCCAGAAUUCGGUGGCGAUACCUGGACCCAAACAGAUGUGUUCAUGACUGGUCGCACCACUGGUGUUGCAACCUAUCGUAACAACGACUUCUUUGGUCUGGUCGAUGGCCUGAACUUUGCUGCUCAGUAUCAGGGUAAAAAUGACCGCACUGACGUAACUGAAGCCAAUGGUGAUGGUUUCGGUGGUGAUGCUGCCAACUUACUGAUUUAG